AUGUCCCCUUCGGCUACGACGAUACCGACUGGAUCUUGGGUCCUUGUGACGGGUGCCACCGGCUUCCUCGCCUCCCAUAUCACAACCCAACUCCUAGAUCGGGGCUUCCGAGUUCGAGGCACCGUUCGAGACGUUGGACAGGCUUCAUGGCUCUUCGAAGGUCGUUUCAAGACAUACGCAGAUAACGGCGCUCUUGAACUUGUGGCUGUACCUGACUUCGGCGCUGACGGCGCUUAUGAUGAAGCUAUCAAGGGCGUUGCGGCUAUCUUGCACAUCGCCUACGUUACUAAGAUCGUACCUGACCCGAAUGAGGUAAUCACCCCGUCAGUAGCCGGUGUCCGAUCUAUCAUGAACUCGGCCAUCCGAGAGUCGUCAGUUAAAGAGGUCGUGUUUACUAGCAGCGCCAUGGCAGCCUCCUCUCUUGCCCAGAACAUUGACAAUGGCACGGUAGAGCGCAACUCCUGGAAUGAUGCUGUGCUCAGGGCGGCUUGGACCCCGCCUCCUUAUGGCUUGUCGCAUGCGAUCGUCAAUUAUCCCGCCAGCAAGGUUGCUGCUGAGAAAGAAGUUUGGAGAUUCGCCGAGGAGAACGAGCUACCUUUUACGGUCAACGUCGUAUCACCCGCUGGGCUGACUGGGGAACCGCUUAACAGGAAGCAUAUAGAGGGACAAGCGAACUGGGUGUUACACGCCUUUAGAGGUAACAAAGCGGUCAUGGACCCUAUGCCAGCUUGUAAGAAUCCCCCCCAGGUUGCCUUUGACCUAAAGUCUAUUUAA